AUGUCACUUGUGGCAUGCAAAUUAUUUUUUGUUUUCUCAUCGUGGGUUCUUUUUGACUGGACAAGUCAUGCUCUCACUGGUUUUUACAAAAACAAAGCAGAGGUGGAGGAGGGUUUAUGGACCUACCUAGAUGAUCUUCACAGCAGGAAGCUUCAUAAUGUGUUAAGUCAGGGAAAGACCAUCAGCCUUCAUCUCACAGUAUCUCAGAUUAUCAAUGAAAGAAUUUUGAAAUGUACUUCAGGGCUGAACUCUGUGACUCUCCACACUGUUCUGAGUUGUUGCCAUGGCAUCUUGACCUCUCCAGUCCUCCCUGUGACCUACACUGCUAAGUAUUAAUUGUUGGUGGAGCUCUUAGCUCAACUCUCUAACCUGGCCAGCACUCAGCUCAGGGAACAAAUAUCUGAUGAGCCUCUCUCACUCUAUGUCUUUGAGGUUCUCCUCCUUGAUCUCAGCACUUACCUUACUAAACAGCAGGCCAACUCCAACUGAGCGUUUUCCCAGGUAAUGGCAAACGUUCUUCAGCCUCUGUUCCUGCUUAAGACACCUACCGAACAUGAGAUUUGGACUGAGAAGGAAGAUGUUAAGAUUAGACAGAAUCUGAACAAGGAAAUCCGAAGCAAAGUAGAUGGAAGAAAGGAAGAAGUUUUGCCAUCAGAAGAUGAAUCUUGUGUCAAAAAGAGCCAUACGGGCAAGUCAUCAAAACUUUGUGUCCCAAGAGAUAAUGAUGAGGAGGCAGCAUUAUUUUAUGGUGUUAAAAUGAACUCUGUUGCUGUGUUCUUUACAUUUUCCCUUGAUUCAUUUUGCAAUAGGGGAGAGAACACGCAAGUGGAACUCCAUCUCAUGACUAAGCUCAUUAUCGCUUUAGGCUUCACAGUUGAGCUUGAUAUCAAGGAGGCGUUCAGUGCAUCCAACUGGCGUCUCGCUUUACUCACUCUGGAGAAUCUUCUGAACUCCUGUUUGGCUGGCAAUAUCUAUAAUGUGGCUAUAGACAGAAUACAACAUGGAGAAGUGCAGUUCAAUUUCUACAAUCUGACUCUGCUUUUAUUUAACAGUACGCAGAUGGGCAUCCCAGCCUAGUACCAUUGUCUCAGAUCUGGGAUCUCCAGCUUUGGGGAUCUCUGCUGAUUACAAAUCCAUCUGGUAACUUUGAGCACACUUUGCAAUGAAAUGAUCGCAACCCUGGGGAAGAACAAACAGUUGGAUGAAACUAUGACUUAUUUGAUAGAAGAGGCCACUUCUGUGAUGGAGCCAUCCAUCCAGGCUGUGCUUAUUGGCAAAGGAAGUGUAGGUCUUCUCAGGCGGUCCUUCUCUAUUGAAAUGAUGACAGUCAUGAUCAGGAGUGUGCUAGCAAGAGUUUCCCACCUGUUUCAGAGUGGUUCUGAGGACCACGGGAAGGAGAGAAUAUCCCGCAUGUCAUUCUACCGGAGCUUUUGCCAGCAGAUCUUAAAGGAACUGUAUCCAUCACCUCACCCAAUGUACUUCCUUAUUUCCUCAAUCUGCUAUCUCUCUGUAUUCUAUAUGACUGCUGAAAGGACCAAAGCAGCUGAUCUGAGAGAUUUGAUGAGAUUUUGCAGUGUCCGUGCUCUGCUAUCAGGGAUUUGGAUUCUGUCAGAGGUGAAGAAGCUUGAGGGGCCAGUAAAGAAGCUUCUUGAUCAGCUGGUAGCCAACUGUUCUCAAGAGCAGUUCCAUCUAUUACUGCUGAUGCUCAGAGAGGGGCUUUUGGCAUUGAAGGUGGAGGUUCUGUUAGCUGUGACUGUAACAAAGCUUCUCACCUGCUGUCAGUUUCCAGAGCAUUGCUCAAAAGCAUUUUGGCUCAUCGCUCCGCAAUUCAUAUCUACUCUCAUUUUUUCAAUAAAGCAGUCCAGCAAGAUGCGUUCCCUGAUGUGUUUGACUGUACCAACCCCCAAAGCUCUGAUUUUCCUGCUCCGACAGAGUGAAACAUACCGCUCAAAUCCACACCAUGUCAUUACUUUACAUACUCUACAGUUUGUGCCUCUUGACAGUUAUUCUCUGGAGGACUACCAUGCUGCUUUUGAGGCCAUCCAUGAAGCUCUGUUUGCAAUUAUCUUGUGCUACCCUCAGGUAGUGGUUAGUUCCUACCAAAAGUGGUCCAAGGAAGGACAACCGGUGAACUGGCGACAGAGUCAUGGGCGCUUAAGGCUCAUUGAUCCACGUGGGGAGUGA